AUGAAGGCUGCAAAGCUUAAAUGUUGGCUAAACCGACCUUCUUGUCCUCCUGUGUUUAGGGAGGUGAAGUCUCUAUUCGACAGAUUGGUGUCUCCCUUAGUCGACACUGAUCCUAUUUCUCUGUCCAAAGAUCGCCCCCUUACACAACAAGGAUCCAUCUAUACCCAUGACUCCACCCAUGUAGGCAACAGCCUGAUCCUCUAUUAUCAUGGCGGUAUCAGGAACGUGCCCCCGACACUGGGGAUCAUCAAGUACAUUUUCGAGAUGGAGCGAGUAGUGGGCUUUGCCGUACGGCGUUACCUCCCUCUGUAUUCUCACCCCAAUCCUUUCCGACACUAUCCUUACUUCCCGGCUCAUUUAUAUUCUUCAGUGCUCAUCGAUCAUCUUGAAACUGUCAAGCCUGAGUGGGUAGUGUCGCACUUCGCACGAUGGAAUUUUCUCCACAGCACAUUGUUGCCGUCUCCUUGUGUCGAGUAUGUUCCUCCCCAUUUUUCACAUGUCAUAUCUCACGACGUAUAG